AUGCGAGCGGUACUGCCGGGGAGACCCCCGACGAAGCUCCAGUCUUUCAGCACCGCGCUGUGGGAUGGUCUUCGCGUUGUGGUGUACAUUUCCGGCCAUGCGCUGGUUAUCCUCGGCGGCCCGCACAAGCUCCUCCAAACCAUCUACGUCGACGACACCGACGCCCUGGAGGCGGUGACUAUCGACGAGACCUCCGGCAAGAUUGCAGUGUGUGGCGGACCCGAUGUCUUCAUUUACCAACCGUAUGGAAUCCUAGACGAAACGCUAAAGUGGUCUCUCGUUCAUACCUUUCGCUGCGACGAUGACGACGAACCGAUCCGCACGCUAUCGUGGGGCUCUCCCGACGAGUUGCUCCUGGGGAAUUCGCACCUCACGCUUUGGUUCCUGAAUGACGCGCCGCGCGAGAUGUGGAAGCAAAAAUUGGCGACGCCGGUAAAAUUUGCGCAAUUCUCGCCCGACGCGGCCCUUGUCGUGACGACGGGUCACUACGACCGACUGGUUAAGGUGUGGCGGCGCUUGUCGUUUGGGGCCGAUGAUGUUCGCUUCGAGGUGUCAUAUCUGUCGCAUCCUGCGGUUGUGACGGGAAUGCAUUGGCGCAAACCAUAUCAUCGAGAACAAUCUAUGGAUAAUGCGUUCUAUACGUGGUGCGCGGACAACAAGAUCAGGGUAUGGGCGGCUGUGGACCAUCAUGCUCCGUCUGCAUUACAGCUAUGGACUCAGAUUGACAUGGGCGCUUCGGUUCAACCGCGGCACGCAACGGAUGAGAAAGGGCCGGUCCGUCGCUAUGGAUUUGUGGUUGAUAGUCGGGACUUUUGUGUCGCUACCGAACGUGCAGUGCAGCGAAGUACAGGGAACAAGGGGAACCACGCACUGGAGCACAUUAUCGAGGUCGCAAACAAGAGCCCGGAGAUCUGCGUGGUGAUCGAUGGAGAGGGUCAUAUGUCCGCGUGGGCUUUGGAAGAUGUAGGGUCCAAGGCCAAGUCGGAAUUGAAUAUCUUCAACAUCCUCCACGUGGAGGGCUUGGAUUUCUCGUUUAUGAAUGGGCUUUCUGCGGAAGAGGAUUAUGUCCAGAUGAGUGCCUUCCAGAGCAUAUCGUCAAGCGACUCAAUAUCUGUGCUUGUACAUCACUUCGAUGGCCGCAUUGAGUGGUUUGACUCCCACGUGGAUGUAUUAUUUGAUCCGGCUCCGCGCAAAAACCGGGCGAGCAAGAAAGCAUCCUGGACUGGACACAAUGGAUCGAUUAAGAAGAUUGUCCGCAAUGCAAUCGGAAACACUCUUGUCUCGCGCACCGAUGACAAUAAAGCUAUGAUCUGGCGGCAGAAGCGGAGGGAGAGCGGAUCGACUCUUGUCCGCCGGAGCUCGUUGUUCUCAGACGAGCACAUCCAUCGCAGUUGCGUGGUCGAAGACGGAGACUUCUUGGUAAAUCUCCACCAUAAGGGAAUCUCGGUCUGGGAUAUUCGCUCCUUCCAUGCUAAGAAACUGGCGUCAUCGACAUUCGAGCUCUCUAGCAAACCGCUUUGUGUUCUGUCGAUUCCCGCCGCGCAGAACGGCUCCGACAUGGUGUAUAUCGCGACGAUCGGAGCGGAUAUGAAAGGAAUUGCCUGGGAAAUCCGGCUUCCGACCUCGAAAUCGCAGGUAAAUGGCGGGACGCACGAUCCCCGAAGCUCUUUGAGAAAGUUCUGUGACUUUGAUUUGGGCCUCAACGAGGACGUGUCUUAUAUUUUGCCCGUCGACCCAGCAGGUCCGAAGGCCGAGAGAUCGGGCUUUUUCGAUCUUUUCUCGCCAGACAUUGCGCUGUCAUACACCAGCACUGGUGUUCUUCACACUUGGACUGCCAAGGUUGACAAGCAAAAGCAGAAAGUUGACUGGCUGCUUACAUCAACAGUUGAAACAGGGAUUAUAAACCCGUCUCUUGCUAGUGGAAGCUCUAUCAGGAAAGCCGCGCUUGUAGAUGAGGAUCGCACUCGCCUGACCAUCUGGGACACGAAUGGCGCCCAGCUAGAGUUCGAGGAGCAUUUCUCCUCCCAGGAUGUCAUCCGGGAUCUUGACUGGACAUCUACUCCGGACAUGCAGUCCGUUCUUGCCGUUGGCUUCCCCCAUAAGGUCGUGCUACUAUCACAGCUUCGCUACGACUACCUGGACGCGCGACCGUCCUGGACUCAAAUACGAGAGAUCUGGAUCCGUGAUCUCACUCCCCAUCCGAUCGGCGAUUCAUGUUGGCUCAGCAAUGGCCAUCUUGUGAUUGGGGCCGGGAAUCAACUAUUUGUGUACGACAACGACAUCGAUGUCUCCGAUCGAGUGGUCUCUCAGCUCCGUAUCCCUUCACGGGGCCUCUCCUCGGUUGAUUUGUUCGAGGUGGUGAGCCGGUUGAAUGGUCCUCUGCCGGUUUUCCACCCCCAGUUCCUGGCACAGUGUAUUCUCAGCGGAAAGAGUAACCUUGUACAUUCUAUCUUAUUGAGCCUUCACCGAAAACUGAAGUUUUACACGGAAGGCGAUGAUAUUGACAGUUUCUUGGAAAUGCCUCUGGAGGAUUUCUACCGGGAACACGAUACACCGCAGAAGGCAUCAUCGAAGGAGCUACACUCCUCAUAUGCGGACCUCAGUCUAGAGGAUGAGGCCUCGGUCAUUGAUGAAAAUACUGCGACCUUGCUCAAUGAAAAUCUAGUCCGGUAUGCUCUGCCGCAGCUUACCAGUCAGGAGCAGUUCCGCCUGGCAGACACUGUUGAGUGCGUAGCCACGGUUGAAAAGCACCGGCGUUCCAUGGAUGAUAAUGCCGCGCGCUAUUUACUAUUCUUCCGACAGCAUAUGCUGCGCAGGACGCAGGGCGUCGCCAAUAAAGACACGGUUUCAUGGCGAGAAAUUGUUUGGGCCUUCCAUAGCGGCAGCCAGGAUAUUCUUCUCGACCUUGUGUCCAGACAGUUUGGCGGCAAGGUCCUCUGGAAAUCAGCCAGAGAAAGCGGGAUUUUCAUGUGGUUAUCGGACCCUACAGCCAUUCGCGCCCAACUGGAAAUUGUAGCUCGGAAUGAAUAUACGAAAACGGAGGAGAAGAACCCAAUCGAUUGUUCGCUCUUCUACCUCGCACUGAAGAAGAAGAACAUUCUUCAGGGUCUCUGGCGCAUGGCUUCCUGGAACCGAGAACAAGGCGCUACGCAGCGGCUGCUAGCGAACGAUUUCCAGGACCCUCGAUGGAAGACGUCGGCUUUGAAGAACGCGUACGCUUUACUGGGCAAACGAAGGUUUGAGUACGCUGCAGCGUGGUUCCUCCUUGCAGACCAUCUGCGUGAUGCGGCUCAGGUCUGUAUGAACCAGGUGGGCGAUCUGCAGCUCGCCAUAGCGAUCACACGCGCCUACGAAGGAGAUGACGGGCCCGUCCUGAAGGAACUACUGGAAGAACGAGUGCUUCCCGAAGCUGCUGCGGAUGGAAAUCGAUGGAUGGCCUCGUGGGCUUUCUGGAUGCUCGGCCGCCGGGAUAUGGCAGUGCGUUCACUUAUUUCCCCCGUUGAGGCUCUUCUCCCUUCAACGCCCGCCUCUCCAGGCAGUCCUGGAUUGAUUCCAUUGCAAGCGAAAUCAUACCUUUCCAACGAUCCCGCGUUGGUGGUGUUAUAUACCCAACUCCGGGACAAGACACUUCAAACUCUCAAAGGCGCGUCCAAGGUCUCUGCUCGGUCCGAGUGGGAGUUUAUCUUGCGCAACGCUCGCCUCUACGAUCGCAUGGGAUGUGAUCUUCUCGCCCUUGAUCUCGUCCGCCAUUGGGAGUUCUUGGGCGAGCCCACUCCCCCGGCACCGAAGGAAACCGCGCUGGACCUACAUGAAAACGCAGUGGAUUACCGCAAGAUGCUUCGCCGACGAAGCAGUCUCGUGGUGGCGGACAUGCCCAUCAAGCCUGGACUUCCGCAGGCUCCUGAAAGUCCGCAGAAACCGAAACCCAAGCCGCCUCCGACGACUUUCCAUGAACCCGAUGCCAACUCGCUUCUCGACAGUUUUGGAUUUUAG